AAAUAAAAUAAAGGCGAAAGAAAGAAAAAGUAACUCGGCAUCGCUAUCAUGCGCCCUGAGACUGAGAGUCACUACCCCAAUCAGUAUCCCCUCCUCCUCCUUUUAAAUAAAACUCGGUCCUCAAUUUCUUUUUUCUUUCUUCCCAUUCCUCGCCGAUCUUUGCCGUGAUCGGAGUUUCUACUGCCGCCGAUUUGUUUUCCGCUUUACUCGCCGGAGAGAUCUCACAAUUACCUAUAUACCCCUCGACUUCGCUUUCAGGUUAAUUUGGUCCUUCUAAAGGGAGGAAGCUAAAAAGAAAUUUCUCCUGGAUGGCCCGAUGAGCAGAACUGAUGUUAUUGGCAGUAGAAGGUGGAGGGUUCUUCUCUUCUUCAGCUUCUGGGUAUAGCAAGGGUCUGACCCUUCUUCUCUUGGGUCAGAAGAACGAAGAUAAACCCAUGAGAGUUUCGCCGUGGAAUCAGUACCAGUUGGUGGACCAAGAAUCCGACCGUAACCUCCAGCUGGCUUCCACGAAGAAUUGGCUUCCCCGCGGGUGCGCCUCCUUUGUCUGCUUUGGUCGCACUUCUGCAGGGCUUGACACCCCAUCGCCUCUUAAAGUGGGCCCUGCCCAACAGCAUGAUGUCUUGCCAGGGCCUCUUGUUUCUGAGAAGGGCAAGGAUUGUACUGCUGAUUUAGAUGAUAGUAUUGCUGCAAGAAAGGUUUCUCUUAGAAGUAGCUUGAAGAGGCCAUCAGAUGAAGCUCCUGUUUCUGUUGGUAAUGCCAAUGAAAGAGAAGCAUUGGUUGAAAAGGGUAAUGAUAUCCCUGGUCAUACGGAACGGAGGAGAGUGCAGUGGACAGAUGCUUGUGGGAGCGAGCUAUUUGAGAUCAAGGAAUUUGAGCCCAGUGAGGCGGAUGGAUCAGAUGACGAAUUUGAAAAUGGGAAUGAAAGAAGUUGUUCAUGUGCAAUUAUGUAGUUUGGCUUUUACCCAAAGAUGAUGUGGGCUCAACUUCUAUUUGUAUGUAAUGAUGCAUCUGCUAGCAAGCUUGUUUGCUUCCUCCCUUGUUCAAUUGAUUUAUGGGGAAAAAGAAAAUGCAGGUUUUUGAGCGACACAGAAUACCAUUCACAGCAAGAAACUUUAUUUCUGGCCAUGCAAAGUCUGACUGUUAAUUUGUGUCUAUAUUAGAUUGCUGCCGUUUUCAAUUUUGUCACUCUUGGCUUCACUUCAUUUUGUUUAUUAAUAUUCUUGUUAAGUGUGACUUCAU